CAACACCGACCGAAAAUGGAAUCCGAAAAUAAGAGUUUCCAACUGUGGCGGGACUACAUGAAGCUAGCGGACGCAGUGCGGGAGAUGAAGUUAGGGAACUUCACAUCAGAACCGUCAACCGUUGACGGUCAUCACUCCAGUAUAUGCUCGACCAUGGUGGAAUUUGAACAGUUCCCGUCGCGAGCCUUGCUGUCACCGAUAGCACCGGUGGCGACACCACCUCUACGGCACGAAAAGGAAUCCCUGGAUUCCAAAAUUGUCCCCUUGCGUAAAGACGCUCCUUUACAUCCGAGCAGAAGCGCGGGUCCCACGACUCCUACAGCAGCGUCCAGACCCUCCGUGGGGACCCGGGUCCAGAGGGAGAGAAAGAGGGCGACCCGCUCCAAGAUGCCGGAGGGAGCGCCAUCACCUGAGCGCCAGUCCUGCAGCUUCUGCAAACACAACGGGGAGUCUGAGUCUGUGUUUGGGUCCCACAGUCUAAAGGACCAGGAUGGGGGCGUGGUUUGCCCGUACCUGCGACAGUAUGUAUGUCCUCUCUGCGGGGCCACCGGGGCUCAAGCCCACACCAAGCGCUUCUGUCCCCGGGUGGAAACCACCUACAACUCUGUCUAUGUCAAGUGAUAGAAGCGCCAGCUCUGGUCCAGGCCGUUUACUGCGCUACCCUCUAGACCUACUAACAUAGUCAACUUGUUGUUGCGGGAUGUGUGGGACCAGAGCUAGAGAAGCGCUGGAGAGACUUCAGGCUGUUGUUUUGCAGACUUUCUUUAGCGUCUCUAAGCGCACUGAGUGCGGACACUUGUAAGACGAUUUAGGUGUGAAUAUUUAGCUUAAAAGUCGUUUGGAAAAGCCUGACUAGUUUGUAGACUGUGUAAUAGCCCGUUUAUGGUGUGAUUUGAUUUAUUUAUUUACUUUUUCUCGUGUGUUUUCAACGUUUUUCACUUAUUUCAAUGUAUUUAUGACGUGUGGUUUUUCAUUAUUUGCGCGCCCGUGCACUUGUUCUUUAGAACACAUUUUGGUUUUGAGUUUUCUGUUUUAACUUUAAAGUGUAAAUCUCUCUGUCUGUCUGUGACCAAACUAACUGCGUCUUUACAUGUUGGUGUGAGAUUUUGUAAAACCUCCCAGCCUCUAAUACUGUAUCGACGAAUAAACCGCCUUUAUCAACAAACUCUUCCUGCAGAAUUAGACGUAUAUCCACGUUUCUCCCUGCUACUUUGGGGAGGAAAAAACGGAAGGGUUGUCUUGUUUUGAGACUUGUUUUUCUGACUAUUAUUUUAAAACUAUAUGCUCUAAUCUAACUGUACAUCUGCAGGUCUACAGGCCUAAAAUAACUUAUAAGAACAAUUGCUAUUGACAUCAAGACAACUUCUGUUUUAUGACGUGGUGUGCAGAGCUACUUUUGUGUCAUUGUAAUUUGCCAUGCUAGCUACUAUUUUAGUGUUAUACUUGUUUUUUUUAAAGAUCUAGAAGUGUGGUUUCUUGUUUUUUGUUUGUUUUACUUUUCAACGUGUAUGCUACUUAGAUUAGAGAAGAAGGCCAAA